AUGUCAUCCAUGCCAAGCGAAGAGCUCAGAUCCAGUUACCGAUCUCAAUUAUCGGUAUCCACGGGACCGGGGACUACGGGGACUGAGAGAAGUAGUGUCGCAACCAAGAAUAGCUCAGUUACUUCGGUAUAUGGCGCAGCCGAUGAUAGUUUCAGUCUUGAUGAUAUAAUGGGCAUGUACGAGAAGGGAUUUUACGACGAUUCGGCCCCGGAAGACAACGAGAUGCCAGGAUCGAGACCGCCGACCGCAAAGUCAGAGCUCAGUAGGAGGAGAACUGCUAUGCUGGAUGCAAUGACCGAUCUUUUACCAACCCCAGAAUCACCAACUACGCCUUCUACUCCUGGUUCGGUCCAGCGCCAUUCGGCUACCACGUCAAAUGAUUUAGAUACACAUGAGUUUUCACAUGACAUCGAAGCCCAAGCAGAAGCCCAAGGAGAAGCCCAAGGAGAAGUGGAAGCUGAAGUAGAGGCCGAAGCCAAAGCCCCGGCCGAUAUUGAAACCGAUGAUGAUGACGACGAUUUCAAACCUUCACCACCCACACGUGAGCCGACCGGCUUGACUAUUGCGGAAGACAACGACGAGCGGGACCGUUACGGCUUUAGGAAGAGCAAUCAAUACGUAACCCGAGAGCAAUAUGAUGAAUGGAACCAAGGAUAUAAAGAGUACUUGGACAGAAGGCGAAAAAAAUGGGUUGUCUUCCUCAGGGAACAUGGACUCAUGACUGAUCAGCCUAACCGGUUCCCUCCUCGAUCUAACAAGACGAAGCGAUUUGUACGCAAAGGAAUACCCCCUGAUUGGAGAGGUUCUGCUUGGUUCUAUUACGCUGGUGGCCCAGCCGUUGUUGCAAAGCAUGCGGGCACAUAUGAAAGUCUUUUAAAACAAAAAGCUAAGGACGUAGAUAUUGAAGCAAUCGAGCGCGAUCUACACCGCACCUUUCCCGACAAUGUCAAGUUUCGCUCUGCCCAAAUGCCGAGCAUGACCGGCAAGCAGUCUACAAAAAGGGAAAGCGAGAUGAGGACUGACGAAAAACCCAUGAUUUUGGCUCUCCGCCGUGUCCUUCGCGCCUUUGCCAUAUACAAUCCGAAAAUUGGCUAUUGCCAGUCUCUUAACUUUCUAGCCGGACUACUCCUGCUUUUCGUCGAAACCGAAGAGCACGCUUUCUGGCUACUCAAUAUAAUAACCCGAGUAUACCUUCCCGGAACGCACGAAACUAGUCUUGAGGGCGCGAACGUCGAUCUGGGGGUGCUGAUGUCCUCACUCAGAGAAUCCAUGCCGCAAGUUUGGGGCAAGAUUGGAGGCGAGCUGGAUGGAACAGAUGUGGUAUGGCCGAAGACUUGGAAGCAUAGACACAUGAAGUCGGAAACAACUCGGCUGCCGCCCAUUACUCUAUGUAUGACUGCCUGGUUUAUGAGUUGCUACAUUGGAACCUUGCCCAUCGAGAGCACUCUACGCGUGUGGGACGUCUUUUUCUACGAAGGUUCCAAGACUUUAUUCCGAAUCGCUCUGGCUAUCUUCAAAAUCGGGGAGAACGAGAUUAAGGCCGUUGGAGAUCCUAUGGAGAUCUUCCAGGUAGUGCAAACGAUACCUCGCCGGCUUGUAGAUGCCAACGGACUAAUAGAAGCAUGUUUCCGGCGACGCAACGGCUUUGGCCACCUUAGUCAAGACACAGUGGAGCAAAAGAGACAAGAAAGAAGAACGCAAGUCAAGGCCGAGCGAGAGAAGCUAGCAGCCAACAUGGAUGGACCCGGCGCCGACAUGGGAAUAAGGAAGAAGGGCACUUUAUUUGGCCGGCACUAG